AUGAAAAUCACUGACGUUAAAACUUACAACUUACGCUAUCCACUCGUUGAACCCUUCGCGAAUUCACGCGGUUGGACGAACGCGCGAACUGCCGUCGUCGUCGAAAUUCGCACAGAUGCCGGCAUUACCGGUUGGGGUGAAGGCGUAAGCGUUCCGUCCGCCUCAGCUGUUGAAGCGCACCUGAUUGGACAAUCGCCUUUUGAAACGGAACGGAUUUGGGAGGCGAUGCGUGGCGAUAUCGGUGCGCUAAGCGGGAUCGAUAUCGCACUCUGGGACAUCAUGGGCAAAGCAUUGGACAUGCCGAUCUAUCAACUCCUCGGCGGCGCGUUCCAAUUGAAGAUUCCGGCUUACGCGAGUGGGCUUUUCAAGAAAGACAAACCCGACAUAACCCAAGCGUUGAUGGACGAAGCGAAAGGCUACGUCGAGGCAGGGUUUCCCGCCGUCAAGAUGAAAAUCGGUUUCGGUGAGGCUUAUGAUGUAGAGAACGUCGCCGCGGUUCGACGCGCCAUCGGGGACGAUACCCUCUUCGCCGUUGACGCAAAUUGUGGCUACGAUGUCGGGACCGCGAUUGAUGUCGGACAGAAACUUCUGGACUACGACCUCUUCUGGUAUGAGGAACCGAUUACGAGUGACGAUGUGGCAGGCUAUCGGGAGAUCCGACACGCACUGAAGGUUAGAAUCGCUGGUGGUGAGAUGCUAAAAGGACGUUGGGCGUUCCGGGACCUACUGCAGGAACGCGGGUUGGAUAUUGUGCAACCCGAUCUGAGCAUUGCAGGCGGUUUUACGGAGUGCCGGAAAAUCGCUGCCAUGGCGAGUGCGAACUACGUUCGGGUGUUGCCCCACAUGUGGGGUGGUAGCAUCCGCCUCGCUGCGACGUUGCACUGGCAAGCCACGCUCCCGGAUGCGCCACAAGCACUCAACCCGAUCCCGUCGCUGUUGGAAUUUGAUAUGACCGAGAACCGUCUCCGCACGGCGUUGGCACAGCAACCGAUAAAAUGCCGUUGA